ACUUGUCAUUGUCAAAGAUGGCGGACCCUCGAGGAAGGAAGCGGAAGAAAGAGAAGCGUGACGAAUUCCUCCAUAUACAAGCUAAAGGACAGUACUUGAAAAUACCGAAAGGUCAGGAGUGGGAUGAGAAAGACCCUUCAACAGUUGGAGGUAAGUUGAAUAUGGUAGCAGUUAGUAUUUUCAAAAUGAUUAUCACUUGCUGAGAUACAACAUGUUAAUAGAAUGGUAAAACACACUCUCAGACACUUGUCCUGUCUGGUACAUCAAGAUAGCUUUCAUUUUUGACGAGGUACCAAGCACUAAUUCUUGCAUCUGGAAGAUCUGUGGUAACGUAAACUCCAAAUUUUGUUCACAAAAUUUCCUGAAGAAUUGGCCAUCGCUCAUUUUCCUAGAAAAAAAACCUUGACCAGUGGGUCGAGGUAAAUUUGUGCACCUUAUGUUGGAACAACUUCCUCUUCAAAGCACUUUCUUAUGCAUUGUAAAACUAGAGAAAUACAAUGUUCAAACUUUUUGGCCCAGCAUGGGAAUCAAUUGGCCAUCACGAAUAAUACAAUUGCAAAUCAUCACAAGUCUCAAGAAAAAAGGGACAAAACAAAAGCAGUACAAAUGCAAUGGGUUUACAAAAUCUGUUUAUGAAUGGCUUGUCAAAAUAAAUUUCAUUUUCAUUCAGAGCUUUGCCAGAGGAACUCUUUCUCAUUGGUCACUUAUCUUUGACCUAUCAAAAGUGUGCAAUGUCUCUCUUUGUCUCAUGCAGAAGAAGUAGAAUACCAGGUAGUAGAAGGCUUGCUGUAUUAAACAAAAUUGUGAAGUUUGAUCAAAUUAUCUGUGAAGUUUAGACCCUAUAUGUAGGGUAGGGAGUCUACCCUGAGUAGGAUCCUGUUACCUGAUAAUUUUUCCCAUUAAGUAUCUGCAUGGUUUUUUGCUUCAAUAUCCAGCAUGCUAAUAAGUCUUGAUAAAGCAUCUGUGGUCUUAUCUUUUAAGGUGACAGCUUAAUUUUUCCUGUGAAGUUUGUCAGUUGAAUUUUGGAAGUUGGUUCUUUUAAGUGAUAUUUCUCAAUUAUCACCAUUUAAAAUUCUCAAACUAUUUUAUAUGUUUUUGUUAUACAACAAAGUGUAUCAUAAUUAAGGGGGAAAAAUGUUAUUUAAUGGGUUUCUUAAAUGUAUGUAUAACAAUAUUAAACAUUUUGUGUAAGGGAGGAUUAUGAGGUAAAUUGGAACAGGCAAUUUAUUUCUCUUUGGGAAUGAUAAUAGUCCAGGUAAAUAAAUAGUCUAUAGGUUUAUAGGUGUGUGAUUAUUAUCCCAAUAUGUCUGCUGGAUAGCCAUUGAUUUGUUGGAUAGGGUUACCUUCCAUUUUAAAAACCAGGCUGUAGUAGGUUUAUUCUUUUUUUUUACUUUCUUAUGCAACAAAAACUCAGAAUGCCCUUUCUAUAUCAGAUCUUGUUCAGUGUUCAAUGCAUAGUUACAGUGUAUCUAUUGAGCCUAGUUUGGAAAAAAUAACUUCAUAGUCCACUAUUUUGAAGGGAAUUUCCUGCCAUGAUAAGUAUAGGAAUAAGCAAAUCAUUGGGCAAGUUUUUUUGCUAAUACAAUUUUUGUACAAACCAUCCUUAUUUCAGUCUUUAAUCACAAAAUAGGAUUUUUUGCUAGGAAUGUUUACCUGCUUUGUCCUUUUCCUGUGUUUCUGGUUUAGGAAAACUUUCAUGUUCCAUCUCGCCCAUUUAAUUACUAACAAUAAUUUAAUAUGCCUUAGUUUUUAAGAUACAAUGUUUAUUCACAAGAAUUGAAUGUUAGCUCAGUAUUUUUACACAAAUUAUUACUUGACUACACUUGGUUAUAUUACUUAGGGAAGGAGAAAACAAGAAAAUCACCAAGCAGAAGAGAUAAAAGACAGCAGGCAAGAGUUCAGAAGAAGGCAAGAAAGGCAGCUUUUUUCUCCAAUAAGAAAGGGAAGGUAUGUAUGAUCUUUUUGAGCAAAAGUUGAUGUAGAUGUUGCUUUUCAACUUUAUCCUUUAUUCACUUUUUCUGAGUUUACUUCAUAACCACACCACACCAAAUUGAAAACAAUAACAAAGAAAAAUAAAUUAUUGAACUAAUUUGACAAAAGCUUGGCAGAUAAAAAGAAACUUGAACUAUGUUUUCUAGACUACGAAAAUGUUGAGUGGUGGAUGCAUCAGAAACAAGCCAAAGGAAGGCAGUGAUUUAACAGAGAAACCUACAGGGACCAAGCUUUCCAUGGUCUCAAAGAAGAAGAGGAAAAGAAAAAGAACUAAGGUAUGUUUUAUAUGUGACUGUUGGCCUCAGUUGUUUAUGAAGGAUGUAUAACAGUAUUAGUUACACCAAUGGUUAUCCUAUGAAUGAGAGUAAAAGAAAUCAAACUGCAUUAGGCAGUAAAUGGUGUUGUGCCUCCUUUGAACAGGCAGGGUAUGCAGGGAAAUAUUUAAUGUUGGGGUUUGUUUGAUAAGGAUCAAGAAGAGGAAAUAAAAGCUAUCAUCAUGUCAUUAAAGCAUAUAAAAAUGUAAACAGUAUGCAUUAGGUGUCUGAUCAUGGUUUUCCUUUGCCCUUUUUAAUCCUGGAAACCUUUGUGCUAAAUAUCUCUAUCCUCCUCUUCUUAAAAGAGUAGUAUUUCAGAGGUAUGCUCCAGCAACCAUCCAAUUUUUUAUCUUUGCCAUCUAGAAGUAUAAUUAUGUGAACAUUGAAUACUCCAUGGUUGUUGAGAUUCCAUAGAGUAAACUAAGAUUUUGAAAAUUGUCUUCCAGUGUGCCAAGAAUUUAACUAUGGAUGCUGCAAUUGUGAAAACAAUUUUUUCAGUUACUGGGCUGCAUGUUAAGGACUUUUUAAAAACUGAUUAAGAAAAAGGCCCCUGUUUAUUAUAGAAAAAGAAGCAUUAUUUGAGUUACACAACUCUUUUGUAUUGUUACCAGUAUCCAGAUAAAUUGUGAAGCAUUAGAAGAAAGGAAAUUGAGACUGUGUAGCAUGGCAUGUAAUGCAUGUGACUGAGUCUUUAAGCAAUAUGCAAAAUAGUGUUGUCCAUUGUAGAAUUUUUAAAACAUGUGAAGAAAACUUUUAAAAAGGUGGGGUAAUUUAUAGGAUUUCAGAUAGUGUCUGGGUUGUAAUAACUACUUGGGUUGUUUUUGUUGGCAGAGAUGAACAUUGUAUGUUUCCAGGAACAUGUAUAUCCUUAAAAUUAUGUUUCAUGAUAUUUUGUUGCAUGUUUUUCCUGAACAAGGAGCUAUCAGUCAACAACCACAUAGUGACCAGCAGUCUUUUAUAUUGCUUUAGUAAGAAGCAUUCAGAUCUUUUCUAAAUAAAGAUAGUUAUAUCAUCUCUUAUACAGGGUAAAUUACAAUCUAAUAGCAAAUAACAAUACUACACAAUGACAUGCAAGAGAAGAGGUUAUGUGGCCCCUUUUGGAAUUUCCAAUUGCCUUUCCAUUCAAUCAUUUAGAAGGCAUCAGCACAGGCAUCUAAUAAUCAAUAUUAAAUGUAACUUAAUGUCUGGGUUGACCAAAAGCUGAAUUUGAAAAUAUUACAUCAUGCUGAAGGUAAUAGAAAUAAAUUUCUUUAUUAUGCAUCAGAACAUUCGUCAGGUAACUGGAUGCAAUGAAUUUAUUUCCAGAAAGUCACAGAAGAACAAGAAUUCCUCAAACUGAGGCUUUUAGCAGAGAACAUGAAAGAGGACAAGGAGAUAAAGAGGCUUGAAAAGCUUUUAAAACUUGGCAGUAAAGAGAAAGUUACCUGUAAGAAAUUCAAAGCAGAUGGUCUUGAUUGUAUCUUUUUGUUAUAUACUACAAGUUUUGUAAUAUGAAGUUCCCCUUUAGUUGUUGGGUGCAGGUUCCAGACCUGACUGGGUCAUUGUGUUAUGUUCUUAGACAAGAAAUUUUACUCUGACUGCUUCUUUCCACCCAGGAGUAUAAAUUGGUAUCAGUAAACCAUCAGGAAAGCCUGAUAGUGUACUGGGAGGAAACUUGCAAUAGCUGACAUACAUACUCCUAAUUCCCUCUAGUUAUGGGAAUGUCAGUUAUCAGUUGUCAUGGAUGAAGUUAAUGGCUAUUCAAUGCCAGUUUUCAGUUAUUUUGAUUCAGAAAGCUUGGUGAAUUGACUAGUUAGAUUAUGGGUAAAAUCCAUAUAAAUUAUCUUGUAUAGGCAUGAAGCAAGAUUGAAUAAUCUGAUUUUUCUAGAAUAAAUCUGAUAGUCUUCCAAAAGUAAACAAUAAGACAGGCUAGUGGUGGUGUCACUUUAUUUAAUUUACUAACACUGUAUGGCUAUCCAUCAUACUCAUUGCCUAACACAGAAUAGAUAGUGAGUUCCAUAGCCAAUCAGAUUGCAGCAAUCAUGAUAGAAUACUAAUAGAUUUAAUGUGGUUAUUAUCAAUUAUUGGAUGAUAUUGCUCUGCCAGAGCAGAUGGCUUAGAUUGACAUCACAAACUGAGGCCUGGAUAAUUCUGGCUAUCAAGUUUAUCCUCAUCCAAAAAUAGACAAAGCUGUACGAGUGUAGGGUUAUGAUGCCGUCUGGCCUUUCAUCUCUCAGAUACAACCAUAACAAUGUAGCUCUGUGGGAUUACAUGAGUGGGGCCUGACAGGGCAUAUUAUAUUUGACCAUAUUAACUUUGCCAUUUCUUUCCAAACAUUUGGAUAUGGCUAUGUUGUUGUCUUGACAUAUCUGACACUAGAUUUAUUAGAAGUUUGUGAGCAUCAGCAAAAGGAACAUGACAUAGAAAGUGGUGAAGGUUUGGAGUCAAGAGAUGAAAUGUUUUCCAGGGAGGUAAUUCUUGACAUUUACAAAUAUUUCAAACUGUCUAGGAGUAAUUCUCCAAAAAUGUUUUCAUUCUUUAUUUAUAUUUUGCAUAACCAGGUAAAACAUAGUGACAUCAUGGGCAUUGAUGGAAAUUCUAAACAAAACAUGAGUGAAAGUGCACAGCAUGACAGUGAUGAUAGCUAUGCUGAUUCUCAACUUAAUGAUGAUGAUGAUGACAUUGGUCACAAUGCUACUGAUGAUGAUGAAUGCAAUGAUAGUGAUUCCAGUUAUGGUGAUGAUAUUGAAACCAAACAUUACAGUGGAGGUAGUGAUGACAGUGGUCAUGGCAAUAAUGAUGAUGGUGAGGGAUGUGAAGAGGGGGAUUAUAGCACUGAUAAGAGAGACUUAAUAGAGACAUUUGAAAAUGACAAAGAGAUUUACUUUGAAGAGGAGGACAGUGGCAGUAAAGCUAACAGUUGCAAACAAACAGAUGACUUUAAAAAAUAUCUUCCACCCCAUUUGAGAAACAAGAACUUGUCACAGACCCAAAAUGAACACUUGCACAGACUAUCAUGUCAGAUUAAAGGUCUACUGAAUAGGUGAGAGGUACAUUCAUAAUGUAAAUACUCUUAAAUUACCCGCAGUGUGAUGUAGUUACUCCAGAAGGCUUUCUAAAAUACUUUUUUGUGGAAGACUCAUGAAUAGAACACAAAACACAAUUUUCAGUUCCACAAAGAGGUUAUUAGAUACAAUGUAACUCAAAUGCAUGCAACUAAGAUAGCCAUUGUUUCAAAUUGUGAUCAACUUCAUGAGUCAGCUGUAUUUUUUUUGUUUACAAAUAGUUGUGAUUUUGCGUGAACAUGAAAUAAUGUCACUUGAUUUGCAUUAAAUACUUGUUGGAAUUUAUAUAUUUUUAUUUAUGACAGGCUGAAUGAGGGAAAUAUGUCAAUUAUUAGUAAAGAGAUUGAACAAAUUUACAUGCAAAACAGUCGAAAUGGUAUGUUAACACUUUUAUUUCCUAAUGUAACAAGUGCUACUUGGAAUUUCCCAAGAAGUAAAAACUGUAAUCAUAUGUACUAAUAAUAUAACAACAUGUUAAAAGUAAGGUUAAAGGCCCAAAAAAAGGGGCUUUAAAAGUUCUAACAGUUCUGUGUGACUCUGGUGGCAGAUUCCACUUGGAAAUGUCUGUAGGUUGUGGUGUUGACCUUAGGUUUUAGUUUCAGUUUUAGAAUGUCAGUUCCCCUCAGAUCAUAUCUGGUGUUUUUUAUAUGUAGUAACUUUUUCAUGCCUUUAGGAGCUAAAAUCAUAAUUAAUAGCUUUUAAACCCAUACAAACUGUGUUUGCAAGUCUUUGAUUAGUCAAUGAUGGUAAGCCUAUCUUAUUGCGUAGUUCCUGGUAGUGCAUUUAUUUUUCAUUAGAAAGAAUCAGAGCACACAUUUGCUUGCUUUUUCCAGUAUGGCACUGGCACUAUUACUGCAGAAGUGCCAGGUCUCAAAGCAAUAGUUUAAAUGGGAAGGAUGAAAGCAGAAUAUAUGUAUUUUUUUGUUUCAAAGGGGGACAAAUUUUUUCAUAUGCUUAAGAAUGGCAACUUGCUGAGAGACUUUUCUGCACACUUUGGCUUCAUGCUUUUCAAAUUUUUAGUUUGUCAUCUAUCAUUACUCUAAGCAUUUCAAAAUCUUUGCUGAUGUGAAUUUCAGUGUUUCCAAAAAAAAAAAAACAAAAUGAGGCAUGGUUUGGGUCUUAAAUUCCCAUGACAAUUGGUAACUUUGUGGGGUUUAUUCUCAUACCAUUUCUCAUUUUAAAUUUUCAUGGCCUCUUUGUUUUCAUAAAAUAUCUGGGUGUCAUCUCCAUAGGCAGAAAAACUGCUUUGCUUGAUGACCUCUAACCUACCAUGUUUUACCUAAAUUAACCUCAAGUUAAUUAAAAAUAACAUUACAUUUUGGCAUUAGAUGAUAGAAAAAAUAGAGGACUGUCAGGCUAAAUGCAAAAAUAUACAAACACCUGGUUACUCAUGUAAUAAUCUGAUAUACACAAUUCAAAGAUGGGUAAUUUGUUUUUUUAUGAAUGCCAAAUUAAGGAACAUUUUAAUCAUCAAUAAAAAGAUUACAUUUUUUCAAAAAAACUUGCUGUGAAUUGUUUACCAAAGUUUAAUUUGUGAUAGCUAAAACAAUGUCACAAGAAGAGCAAAUGUGGCAUCAAGUAAACACAAUUGUGCUCUACUCUAGCAGGAGACCUCAAAAGACCUACCAUAGAAACCUUCUUCCCAUGUUCCACACUUCCCUGACCUUGCACACAUUGUUGCUACUUGCUAAUAAAAAUGCCUUGACAUAAACCUUGAACUAGGGCUAGAAAUUGAUGUUGUCAUUUUUCUAUUUACCUGAGUGUUUACAGAGCUGGCUAAAAUAUUUCUUUUUUCCUCUUAGAUGUUAACAAGAUCCUAAGUAAUCUUAUUCUGGCCUCGUGUGUUUCUGUAUCCAUGAUGCCUGACAAACUUUUGAUGGAGCAUAUCAUGUUGUUGGCAAUUCUUUCAAGUCAUGUUGGAAUUGAUGUAGGUAAGGUUUCUUUUAUCUGCCAUGAAACUUCUUGAUGAACAUUAAUAUAGGGUGCCUUGGAAUUCUGGAACCUAUCAGGUAAAAUGUGAUUUUAAAGGACUAGCAUUUUCCCAUGGAGCUGCAUACUUUUGUGUGUGUGUGUGUGUGUUUUGUGAACACCAGGGAUUCAAUAAACAUUAUCACAUCACUUACUAGUGGUUUACAUUGUUGGCUUGACAAGCUUAAAGAGUCCUGGAAGGUGAAAUUUGAACAUUUGGCUCCUCUGAUGAACAAGUACGAUAUGUAGAAUUGACUUUCCCUGAGCUUCACUUGGGACAAACUAAACUGAGAUGAAAUUAAGUUCAUGUUAAAUUUGAAUCAGUUGAGUUCAUCCAACUGAAUUUGGAUCCACCAACAUUUUCUGUGUCUGCUUCAAACAGAUAAAACAUGUGAGGAUAGAUAUCAAUAUUGAACUUAAUAAAUAAAUCACAAAUUGCCUUAUUUGAAAUCCUGCUGACUGGAAGACACCCUUUUGCUGCCCUGAAUUUGGUUUCAUGUAUUCUGUGUCAACCAAAAUUACAAUUUAGUCAUUGCAUGUGGAGUUUGAUGUGUGAACUGGGCCCUAGAUACUUCUCUAGAGAAAAGCUCCAUGUGUAGCUUGUUUUGAAUUAUUCAAGAAACCAAUCACAAAAUUUAAAAUGGAGUUUUACAUAUGACUCACAGUCAUCUUUUAUUGUUGUUAAUGUAGUCACAAACAAGUGUUGAUAGGACUAGUUGUGCCUGACCAUUACGACAUUUUACUAAGUCAUAUGUUUUCUGUAGGUGACAAUUGGAGGGCUCAGAGCACAUGUGUCCACAUGCCAAAAUUCAGCUACUUCUGAACACUUUCAAAAAUGGCCGAAAAAUCAAGGGAUCGUUCUUGCUCUGAGCCUUUCAAUUAUUUUCAUAUUAGUUAUUAAAUCUUUCUUUUGGUGUUUAUUUCAAGCUGCUUUCUUCAUUGAGCGACUGGCAGAAUUGUUUGAUAAACUGCACAAGAGCAACAAAGACAGUUUUGGACAGGGGAAAGAGUGUUAUAAUGUUAUAGCUCUGUUUUCACAUCUGUGCAACUUUAAAGUAUGUGUACUUUUUGUUAAAUAAUGUAUUUUUGUAAUUGCAGUAAUGUUUGGGAAAGUGAAAGAACAUAAAGCACAUCAACAGGCUUGAAUUUAAUCAUUUGUUUAGAAAGUAGAAAUCCAGUGUACUAAGGAAAAUAUGACAAAGGAAAUAGACCUCUCUUACUCUUUAGGCACCUCUCUUUGUUGAAAAUUCAUGUAAUAACAAAUAGUUUUACUGACAGAGAUUUGAAGUGUUGUUACAUGAAUAUAUUGCUAAAUGUUUUACCUUGCUUUUGUUUGACCAUUUGUUCUGCCUUCUUCCAUUCCUUCACAGGUUACUCACUGCUGUCUCAUUUAUGACAUCAUUCAAAGGCUAGUGAAUUCCUUUGGUGAAAGAGAUAUUGAACUACUUCUACUGCUUCUGAAGUGUAAGCAAGAGAAUUAUGAUAAAUUACAAUAAGAAGGGAUUUCUGUUAUCCUUUCUCUGAUAGAGGUGGUCAUCUUUUUCAAAUUUGGUGGGAGACAUUGAUUUCUCUUAUUGGAAAUUUUAAAAGUUGUGUUCGAUUAAUUUCCCUUUUUGGCUUUUUCUGUCUUAAUGUUCAUUUAAUAUGUCUUAAAAUCCUACCAAGUUAAUAUUUUCAUGUUCUGGUUAUAUCCCACUGUAACAGUAGUAAACAGUCACAAAUUGAAUACAAAUUACGGACUCUAUUUUUGGUUGGUAUCAGCAAAAGAUUAAGUGAUGUUCUCAAAAAAUCUAAAAAUAAAAAGGAAGGAGUGACAGUGUUACAUGUAGCUUGGUUGAUUCAUGUCAUAAUGAACUUUAGGAAAAACUCCAGAAUAAAUGUAAUAAGAUUUGUUGAUUGCUUAUGUUCUGACAAAUGUACUUCAAGAAUUUUUUUUCACAUUGCCUUUUGCUAUUUUUGAAUGAAAGUUAAUUUACGGCAUUCAUAUUUUUCUCAAUGUUACCCUCAAUCAUUUGAUGGAUGGUCCUGAUCUUAUAGUCUAUUAUUAUUUCAUUUUAAUAGUAGUUGGAGCAGAAAUCAGAAGAGGUGAUCCAUCAGCUUUGAAGGUGAUAAUUUCAGUACAAUUACCCAUUCAUGUAAUCAUAACUACCAGUAUGUCAAUGCCAUUAGUACAUAUGGAGAGGAAUUGAGGAAAGGAACUGUCAGAUCACCAUUAUCAUUAUCGUCUUAAACCACUGAUUUGAUUCUGUGUCAUGUCAAUACAUACUAGUUGCGGCAAAUGAAGAACUCAUACUUCUGAAGCUAUGACAAUCAGAUGUAGGCUCCCUUGAGUAAUUAAAGAUAUAAGUGAUUCGAUUUUUAAAAUGAUUGUUUGACAACCUUCUUGAUAAAGAAUGAGUCAUGUCUAACAUCAAUAAAGAAUUGGUCCAUUCUUAGCAUGCAUAUAUUGAGAUAUGGAUGCACACAGGGAGUUUGGAAAGUACAAGAGAAGCAUAGGAGUUGCUUGAGGGGCAGCCAAGAGCAACUCCAGCUUCUAGCUUAGUACUCUCUAAACUUCCCAAGUGCAUCUAUGACUCAAUAUAGUUACAGCUGAGGCAUAAACCAAUUCUUUGUAAUAUAUCUAUCUAUAACCAGGUUAACCAGGUAAUCAUGGUCUUCCUGAAAACUAUGACCUAUAUGAGAAGGCAAAAACAACCAAGAAAAAUUCUAAAUCUUUACUCAAAGAAUUGUAAAUUUUCUGCUCUGAGGCAAAAAAGAAGGAAUUUCUUGCUUGUACAAGACUGCAUAGUAGAUUCAACAAGCUUGAAUUGUUGUUUAUUAGAAUUCACAAUAAAAAAAAUUGCAUAGGUUUGCCUUGAAAAUUUUGAAAAUUCUCAAAUUGUACUAUUUUAAAAUUAAAAUCUAUUGAAUGAUAGUUUUAGGAAAUAUCAACCCUUAAAAAAUAAUAUUGACUGUUCGAAAAAUGAAUCAAAAAAAAAUUUCACAAAUCUUGCAUUUACAGACCUGUGUGGUGAUUAACUCUGCUUGAAUAGUUGUUUACCAGAAGUUGCAGCCAGAGAAUUGCAAAGCUUUGUGUUGAAAAUUUUGAAAAUUGUAUGAUUUCAAUUCAGAAUCUGCUAUUGAACAAAACGUUUGGAAAUAUCAAGACUUCAAAAUAAUAUUUACCACUACCUAAUGUCCCAAAGCUCUAGUUGAAGUCAGAAAACUCAGUUUUGUUUUUCGGCCAUAAUUCCCAUCGCAUUUGGGGUUGAAGUUUCUCAACUCUAAAAUUAAUUUUGUUGCUUGAAAGAGCUACUUGCUCAUUGUUUUUGAAACUAGUGAUGGGCUAAAACUCCCUGGGCACUUUCAGCCCAAUUGAAAUCGCACUUGUCAUGUGAUGGAUGCAUAGCGAUGGGAUACAUAAGGAUUUUUACCUUGGUAGCUGCUUAGGAAAUAGGUAGGCCUUGCACACAUGCUAUGUUAUGGUAUUGGUGCGCCUCAGAAAACUGCAUACACCACUCUAACCAAUUCCACUCUAACCUGAAUUCUAAAUUUUAAACUGGGUGCUUGAUUGCUGUUGUUCACAAAUGACUGUGUUGAUAUGCAAAUAAUUUUAAUAAUUAAUUAUUAAUAAAUUCAAUGUUUUUCAUUUUUUGCUAUUUUCAGUGGGAGUUUAUUUAUGAACUUUUGAUUUUUAUCCUUUGUAGGAAAUUAUACUCCAAAUUCAAGCAAAGGCAACUUCCACGCCAAUCUUGUCUAGUGAGUAAGUAUGCAACUCUGUUUCUUUAAAUGGUAAACUGACAAAUGUAAAUUCCAACUGCAAGCAAAUUGCGUCAGGCAGGCUUACAUCUGUCAGGGCACAUCUUUAAUGUCUCUGAUAUUUUGUGAUUUGUAAUGUGUAGUAACAAAAAUAAAUGUGCAGCUUAGAAAAGAGUCUUUGACUUUCAAAUGAACGGAAAAUGGUACAAAUGAAGGAACAAAAUACUGAUUGAUUUUUGUUUAUAAGGUUUUGCUAUCGUGGAUAAAUAAUAACUUGCACAAGUUACAUGAUGCACUGUGUAGGCCAUCAUAACUUUGGAUUCAUCCCUUAACCCUUUAACUCCCAUGAGUGACCAAGACAGAAUUUCUCCUCACAAUAUCCAUACAUUAUCAAGCAGACAAGUGAUGAGAAUAAAGAGAAAUAUCAAUUAGGAGAUUAUUAGUUGAUCCAAUAACAAAUUCUUGGAACUAAAAUCAUAGGAAUUGUAUGGUAGUCAUUAAGGAGAAUUGCAAAUGAGAUCUUGGGAGUUCAAGGGUUAAUGAACUGAAAAAAUUCAGGGUCAAGCAAAGAAAUGUUUUGGAAGUCGGUCAUAUUCAGCCAUUACUAAUGAGCUAAUUUGGCAUUAGGUUCUCCAUCUAAUCAGUUGUAUAUGGGUAUGUAUCUUGUGACUUUAAAUUGUUAUUGGACAUAAACAUAGUGCAAAUCUCAAUGGCCAAAUAAGCGACAUGUGCAUUAAAGGGCAAACUGUCAGCAAGCACUCUCCAUGUUGUCCCUGGAUCCUUCCUUGCUAAAACAAAGAGCUAAGGAAUUGCUGCAAAAUUAAGAAAAGAUUGUGAAGGAACUGUGCACCCACAUGGACAGAAUAGUUGAGAGACUGAUACUAAGGUGACUGUUUUUGUAAUGGGGUUAUAAGAGAGCAAUUAAGCAAAGAUGAACUAUGGUUGGUCUCGAUGUACAUGUACUGUAACACCGAAACAGAAUAGGGGCCCUUAUCUGAAUAUGGACACUUAUUGCAAUGAGGGUGCUUACUCAAUUGGGCUGCUGAUUAGAAUAGGGGCACUGUUGUGGUGCAAUCUAACCAACAGAAAGUACACUGUACCUUAAUAAACUCAACUACUUUAUUAAACAACUUGUGAUAUUCUUAGGGUUAUUAACAAAAACAAAUUUGGGGGAGGGGGCACUUAUUGGAAGGAGGGUGCUGAAUCAAAUCUUUAUGGUACCUAUAAAUUGUUCUCUACAACUGAAUUUAGCAAAGUAGGUCUUCAUGUUAUGGGUUUGUAAAAGAAUGACUUGUAUAUAUUUUUUGGUGGCUUUUUGCCUUAUUAAUACAUUUAAGUUUAGUCAGCUUUGAUGUUCAGAUACCUGUCAGGUUAUGUUACCUUGCAAAUGAAGUGGAUCUGUGAGAUCAUUGUAAAGCAAGUAACUUGAUGACAGACUUUUUACUCCAUCACAAACCACUAGUCUUGUAUUCAGUCCUAUUUUGAGAGCAUGUGACCAUUGGUGUUUUAUAGCACAGUCAAACCCUUGAAUAAAUAGAUAAAUGAAUAUUCCCUAGUGCUGACUAUGUGUGGCUACCCACACAAAAAUUAGCUCAGCUUUAACAAUCCAGGCUGAAUAGAAAUAUGGGUAAUUCUGGUAUAAGUGUGAAUUGUAAGUGAGGUUUUUACCAAAUAUGUGCCAGUUUUACAAUAAAUGAACAAACCUAAGCUUCAGACUUGGCCUGGUAUCAAUACCUGUUUAAAGUACAUCAGUACUUUAUAUUAAGAGGAUGUUUGGAGACAAAUAUCAAGCCCAAAUGAGUGGAGAACAAGAACAACAUAUGUUGAUUUCCAAAGCUAAUAAGUUGUUCUGUGAUAUAAUAAACUAAUCGUAUGUGCCUACAUGUGCUUGGCCUGUUUAGCUGAUCAAUUUUCAUUUUCUAGUUCCAGAGUUUGCUUCAUGUUGGAAAUAAUUGCCAAGCUACGCAACAACAAUUUAAGAAAGAUACCAGGCUAUGACUCUUCACAAAUAGAACACCUUAGAAAAACUCUUCAUUCAUUAAUCAGAGAGUCAGGUAUUAUUUGUAAUUUUUUAUGAGUUUUGGAGUACCAAAACUAAAUGAAGUGAAAAGCUUAAUUAAAGAAUUGUAGAAAACAAAUUAAAGGUUAAUGUGAACUCAAGGGGGUACAAAAUUCAUUAUGAACCUUGGGAAUACAGAAGUGUAAUGCAUUUUUUUGAAUUAGAAAGACCAAAUAAUGGUUCUUACAGGUCAAUGAAUUUCCAGGCAUAAUCAGAGAAUUAUAGAAAAUAAAACUUAUGGUAAAACAUGUUUAAAGGAGUAGUUUUGUACUUUACAACAAUUAUUUAAGAGCUGCAACUUAUAUGAGGAAACCCAAGACAACAUAAAUUGCAAUACAGGGUUCCCAUGUUAUUGCAAGUUCACUGUGUUAGCAAAUACAUUAGAAAAUACUCUUUGGUAAUCUCUUGAUUGAAAGUGAUGCUGUAUGUGACAUUCCACCUUUCAGCCAAUCUUACAAUUCCUUACAAAUCUAACAGAUAUGUAAAAUGCUCCCCUGUAACACUUAUUCAAAACAUUGUUAGUUACAACAACUCGUAAGCAAAUCAACUUUGAUGUGGAUUUCUUCUAUUUAAGGAUGUUUAGUCUCCAAUCAGCUCAAAGUUAGUCUAAAAGACUUGCUGAACAUCAAAUUGAAAGGUGAGUAAUAAAGAAUGACCACAUUAUUACAAAGAAACUACAUGCAUGCCAUGAGCUAACAUAUGAAAUAAAGAUUUUGGUUUUCCUUUCCUUGUAUGUUUCAUGCAAAACAUAUAAUAAUCUUUGCUGAUUUUCAUUUUCUCAUCAAUUACAUUUUGAGAUCACAUAGUACACUUAUGACAUGUUUUCUCUCAUUAUAAAGUUCUAUUCAAAAUGUCUGAAAUGACCUCAUUUCAAUAAAUGAACCAAUGUCAUUUAUUCUAUUCCUUGCAAUGACUGUGACAAUGAAUACAUCGGGCAGACCAAACAUCAGUUUGGUACACAUUUGAAAGAGCAUCAAAAAGCUGUUUUCUUUUGCAAAAAAGAAAAUUCAGCUUUACUGGAGCACACAUGCCUAAUCAACCAUACAGUUGGGUGGGAUAAGUCUAAAAUUAUCACCACUAAUUGGUGUUACCACCAGUGCCUUUGUUUGGAAGCUUGGCAUAUGAACUCCACCCACACUCCUUUAAAUCGUGAUGAUGGAGGUUUACUUCCUAAUGCCUAUUUACACCUCGUCAGAAAAAAAGAGAAAAAAAAAAGGCAGCUAAUUAGUGAUCAUAUAAAAGGACCUCUUGUUGCAACAUUUAGUUCACCCCUGAUGAAGGCACUAGACAGGAGUGUCAAAACGUUGGGUCUAUGAAUUGUAACUUCUUCAAUUACAUUCAUCAAAUCUGUAAACCAGAGUAGCAUUAAACCAUGUCUGAUUGUCCACCUGGUUGCCAUGUGAACUUUAAUACAUUCUGUUUCAACUAAUUGUUAACUCUGUAGCUAUUACCUACAUUGCACAAUUCACUUUGUAUUGGUGAAGUAAACACUAAAAAGGAUUCUUUAGGUAUCUACUUGAUACAGGAAUUACUAUAUUUUCAACUCAGUGUUCUAAACCUUUUUGGAAGAAAAUAUCAACGCAAAUUUUUAACUAUAGUGCAACAAUAUAGAAGAGCAGACACCUUGAAGCAGUGCUCUCAAUAAGACUCGGCACCCACCACAGCUCUGGUGAAUAUUCUGUUGGCAAUCGCUGGGUAUAUUUUGCCAUGUUCAAGUCAAAUUUUCAGAACAAAUAGAUAAAUAACAUAGAAAGUAAUUAUAGUCAAUUUAGUAUUGGAGGCCAUGUAUUCACCUCAUUUAUUUUUACAAAUUCUGUGGUCUUUGAUUGUUAGAUUCAUUCUUUCACCAGUGGUUUUCUUUUUCUGCUUGUUAAAUGUGUUCUACAUAAAUUCAUUAUAAGGGAAGUAGGAGUACACAUCGUCUUAAAAUACAUAUUGAAGGGCAUUGAGUAUACAUUGACUCAAAAUAAUUUGCAAGCAACUUUGUGCUUAACUAAAAUUAUCAAUAUUUUUGGACAAACAAUAAUUCUCAACUCCUAGUUCAAAAACAAACUUGAAAAUCAAAUUUAUCAAAGUAGUGUGUUUGCUGAUAACAAGCAUCAAUCAAAUUCAGAACUUUUUAGGAAAGAUGUUUUAGAAGUUUGUAUGGAGAACACUUAAUCUAGGCUUAACUACAAAGAGAGGAACAAAAACAGCUAUUGAACACCUAGCAUCUAACCUUUAUUAAAAAAUAAGAGCUGCAUUUGCUGUGAAAAGCAAAGAACUUCGUAUGGUUACUGGUUUGCUAGAACAUAGCCAAAUAGGUGACUUUUCAUUAUUGUGUCUACUGCUUUGAAAAGCAGUAGACACUAUAGUCAUCAAAAAAGCUGAGCACCUAAGUUAACAAUAGAAUCACUCCAUAACUAAUAAAUCUGAUGAGUGAACAAUAGAUAAAAACCAAUAAACAAAUUCAGAAAGUUUCACUUGGACACAACAACCUUCCAACCAAUCUUCAUUUCUGUUGUGUAAUGCUUGUAUUUAGAAAUGCCAGUGAUGGAUGGUGUUGGCAUGGCCAACUUUAAAAAAUUUCAAGCAUACUUUCCGUUAGACCUGGAGCUCCAAAUGGAAAGGAACAAUGCUGCAGAAUACUCUGCUUGGAAGAAAUUGAUACCAAAGUCCUAAAAGUGAUAGAAUAAGCUUUCAAGUCAACAACCCUUUGAUUCACUAAAGUGAUACGAAUUAUGGCCCAAAGUUAGAUCCAAAGGGAGGCCUAGAUUUGGCAAAUCAUGCUAUAAGUACCUGGUAAAAAGUUAAAUUCCACCAUGUGCUUCUCCAAAUAUGAUACAGUUCCCUGCAAAGACCUCCUUUUCUUGACUUACAGCUAUAAAGAAAAUACUUUAGAAAGCUAUAGUAUGAAACAUCUGCUUCAUCCAUAAAUGUAAGGCCUUUCAAGGUGUGGAAGUAGCCCAAUCUACAUGAAUAAAAGAAUUACCUUUAAAUUGCUUAAUAUGAUUACCUAGCAUAAAAAGGUUUUCUGUUUGUGCCUUAAUGCAUCAUUUGUCUCAUGUCUGGUCUCACAGUGCAUUUGCAACCUUUCAUUUAUUUGGUAAUUUAGUGUUAACAUCUGAGUUGAAAAUGUAAAUUGGCCUCUGUAAAGAGUUCGAUACGUCAGCUUUUUACUCUUUACGGUGGCCAAUUAGUCUCUUAGUGUAACCUAAAGACGCCUUAGAACCAACAAAACAAAAAAGUAUAAUUUACAAGAUCCCAUGUGAAUGCUGCAAUGUGUAUCUUGGUGAAACAGGGGGAUCUAUGCAAAAAAGGAUAAAAGAACAUGACAGAGACAAACGGUUUGCUUGUGCUCAGACCUCUGCGGUUUCAGAGUAUGCUAACAAAACAGGGCAUAUUCUCCUAUUUGGAGCAAGGUUAGGUUUACAGAUCGUGAUCCUCACUGGUACACAUGUAGGUCAGCCCAUCAAUGUGGACCUGUGAGGGAACACCAUCAAACAACCAGAAUAAUAACAAGGAUCCAAAUGCACCAACAGCAGCAAACCAACAUCCUUCAAAUAUUUUGCAACAUGCAUGAAAAAAUGUUUACAAACAGCUUACUGUUCUACAUGGGAUGUUUUCUUUUGAGUGUUCUCUGGUAUGACUUUGUGAACAAACAAAUAUUUCCUGUCAUCUGUAACAACCAUAAAUUGCUCUCUCGUCUUAAAUUGGAUUUUAAACAAAGACUUACCAUAGUGCAUGUGAGGUUUGAAAAUUGUAGAGUGUCCCUCAGUUUUGGCUGGGGAAUAUUUAUAAUUGUGAUGGGUUUAGACCUAUCAUGUCCAAGCAAAAAAAUUUGAUGGAUCAUAGUCAAGAAAACACCCCCAGUGAUAUUCCCUAAUUUUGAAACUCUAUAUCAUUAUACAAUAAGUCUUGGUUUAAGAUUAAUUUAAGGUGAGAGUGUCUUUUGUGGUUGUUAAAAAGGAGGGAACAUGUUUGUUUGUUCAUAAAAUCUUACCAAAGAACAAUGAAAUUGAACAUUCCAUGUAGUUUUAGGUCAACUUUUUGUAGACACUUUUUCUGUAAUUUGCAAAAAUAUCUGAAGGAUAAUAACAAAAUAGCUUCCAUUUGGCAUGGAAAUAUACUUGUUCAUUGACAGUUUAAAGAGGAGUUUACUCUGGAAGUUGCAGAGUUGGUUGCACACUUGCCAUCAAUGUUAAAUUACCACUUGAAACCUGAUAGCUUUCUUAUCUGUAUGGUGUGUUAUGGAAGCUUUCAAACAAACUAAUGAAGUGAGACCCAAAACAUCUUGAGAUCUUUUAGAGGUUUACCUCAAUUAACAAGUUUUUUCAUACAUGACAUUUCCAGGAAAAAAAUUGAGUUUCCAAGAACACAUGGACUUAAAUUCCAGUAAUCAUUUACUGUAUUUCCUUUUUGCGUGAAACUUGGGGAGCAGGUUUCCAUGUCAGCAAAUUGAAGAUUUUGAAAAGAAACAAAAGGAUCAGUUAAACAAUUGUUAGAAAGAAAAUGAAAAUUUAAUGAUUAUUUACAGAAGUUCAACACUGAAAACUUCAUUUAGAGCAACUUUAUUCUGAAUGGGUCUAAAUGCCCCCAAUUUUACCCCCUGGUGGGUGCUUUACCUAGGUAACCACCUACUUCAAAUCUUAUUGAAAGCACUGCCUUGAAGGGAUAUGUGGAAACUUGGGCCUGAAAGUUAAUUUGAAUGUUCUUUGUUUAAAAGGCCGCUGGUGGACUGUAGGGUAUGCAUUGCCCCAGACACCACAAAGUAACUCCAUGGAAGUGUCUACUUCUAAACUCCAAAACACCAAGCUGUUAGAACUGGCAAGGAAACAACGCAUGAACACUGAUGUCCGAAAGAAUGUUUUUCUUAUUAUGAUGACAAGUGAGGUGAAUAGGAAACUUGAACUUGAUCACUUUUGCACUUGCAGAAAGAGAAUUUGUUUUGGUGCUUCUCUAUGCUAUUGUUUUGUGUUUUGUUUGUCUGUUUUGUUCUUUCUGGUAUGUGUUUAACAAUAUCCACACUUUCUGUUUGGAAGUCGUCAUUAUUUUAUUCUAUCAUUAUUUCUUUAAAAAAAUUAUCUGAUAUUACCACUUCAACCUUACUACAGAGAACGUUCUGUCAUUUUUUCCAGGAUUACAUUGAUGCAUUUGAAAAGUUGAUUCGAUUGAACUUAAAAGAUGUUCAAACUAGGGAAGUAAUCCAUGUUCUUAUUGACUGCUGCAUUCAGGUACAUGAGUAAAUCAUAAUUAUGAUGAUAAGUGUUGUUUUAACCCUAGUGCCCUGGUUGUUAAUUCAUGAUGAUGUGCUUUACUCUUUCCUUUCAACUCUUGAUGUUUUACAGGAGAAAAUGUACAAUCCUUACUAUGCCUACCUUGGUCAAAAAUUCUGUGAAAACAGCAGAAGUUACCAGGUACAUUAUCUCUUGAGGCUUUCACUCCUUUUUAUGAAAAGAAGUAAGAAAAUUAUCAACGAAAGUUUUUAGCACAGGUGGCAUUCCAUUGCAGUGAACCAAAUGAUACUUGCCACUUUACAUUUCCAGUUUAGUCUGAAAAACACCAUGGACAAUAGUUGGGUUUGAUGAUAACUCACUUUCUCCAUAAUCUACCUUCUAAAUGUUUUGCCGCAGAAAAUAUCAUGUCAAGCUGUGAGCAGUGGAUAAGCAACAAACAGCACUUUUUUUGCUCAGUCUCAAUACAGAGCACACCCCAUUUAAUGAUCCUAUUUUUGACUUCUAGCAUUUUGUUUGUUCACACUUGAAUCUUUACAUCACUGUAGAAACUCUAAUCAAAAAAGGAAAUAACAUCCUUAAAUUGAUUUUUAUUGAAAAUGGAAUUGACCACAGUCAGCCAAAAUUUCACUGAUGUACUUGUCAACAUGUGAUACGGGUUGAUAAAGCCACAACUUUGCUUAGCAGCCACUCACUAUCUAAGAUAAGGAUAGGCUGUUUAUAGCAACAUUCACAUGCCCUGAGUACAUUGCAGACUUCUCGACUGCUAAGUAAGGGAGAAGACACGAUCAUUGUGAGAAUGAGACACACGAACCUGUACUAUUGGAAAGUAACCCAGUUUGACUGACAAUUUUACAGUUUAAUGCAUUCUGUUUGUUCAAUAUUACAAAGUCAAAUGUAUUUUCAAUUUUUUAAUUUAUUUUGCAUUCAAAGUAUUUUUACAAACAACUACCAAAACAAUACUUUUUGGUUAACAUAGAAAGCUAAUUUCAGUAAAGUUUCAUUUCUUUAUGAUUUGAACUUUUUUUCAGGUUACUUUUCAGUACUCUUUUUGGGACAAGUUUAAACUACUAAGCAGCUUAGCACCCCAUUGUCUUGAUAACCUGUUACAUCUUAUGUGUCACCUCUUUGCUACAAGAGCAUUGUCUCUAUCCAUUCUCAAGGUACUCAUGAGCAGCCUUCAUCUUGACCAAAUUAAAUCAAUAGUUUUAGUGACUGAUAAUAAUUCUCUGACUUUAAUUAGUUGAUGACUGUCAAAAAAACCGAACGACAUGAUACUUUUUUAACCUCAAGGGUAAUUUUUGCCUCAUGAAAUAGGGCAGGUAAAGUCAUGUUCAUUUAAGUCUUGUUUUUCUUCAACUCUCAUUUCCACCCUAUAUUAAUUUUAGGAACCUGAGUUUGCAUAAAUUUUGCCUAACCCUUUUUGACAACUGAGAAAAGAAAAAGCUCUAGUUUCAGGAUGGAGAUCCACCAGUAUCUCCCUUCACGAACAGUGUCACUAAUAUUGUCCAGGUUGCAAAUUUUAUCCAUCUGACUAUGCCUUAAUUUUUUGCAAGAAGAAAUGAAUGCCAGUUUACAUCAAUGUUAUUUAAAACAUAGUAAAAAGAGGAACUGUUUUUUACAGUUGUCAAAAAUGCCUGGGAUUUCUGAAAAAUUGAAAGGAGCUAAAGUUAGCAUGAUUUCUGUUUGAUAGGUUGUCAACUUUAUGGUUCUUGAGAAGACUUCUGUUCAGUUUUUCACUGAUCUUUUUCAUCACCUUCUCUCAACUUAUUCUAAAGAUGUAACAAGGUGAGAUUUGUCUGUAUGCUUUUAAGCCUUUAACCACCAGGAGUGAUUACCGGUAAGAUGUACCUUGCAAACAGGUAAUAAGAAUAUGCAAACUUUAUCAGGUAGAAGUUGUUAUCUUGAUCUAAUACCAUAUUCUUGCCACUAAUUUACAAGGGAAUGUGUAGGAGCCAGUAGGGAGAGUUAUCAAUCAGAUCUUGGGAGUUAAAGGUUUAAGUGCUCAAUGAUGAAUCAAAGUUAGUUAGCUUUUAAAUCCUCGUUACAAGUUGGGAAAUGAUUAUUGUGAUUCCACUCCCUAGGAGUCCCUUUUUUGUAAACGUUUUCCAUUGACAAUACUCUUGUCAACUGUCCUGUGAAGGUACAUUGCAGUCAAGCAUUCUGAACCUAAUUCUGAUUAAUGUUUCCUGGCUCUACACAACAUAUUAUAUAUAUAUUUACCGAUGAGUACCAAAGGAAAACUUGAACAUGAAUUAACAGAUGUGAGGGAUUUCAUGUCACUCUAUGCACUCCCUUGUAUGACCUUUCCAAUUGUAAUGUCUUAUUUCUCUCUUCUCUCUUCUCUCUUCUCUCUUCUCUCUUCUCUCUUCUCUCUUCACAGAUAUAUAUUUGAAAGAAUCUCAAUGAAGAAAGAGCUAGCAUUCCUUUGUCAAAACAUUCGAAUUUUUCUUCAACAUUUUGUGGGAGCAAAAAAAUCCAGUAUCUUAGAAAAACGACUUAACCUGGUGGAUGGUAUUCUCGCAGCUUCACACAAAACCAAACUUUAGAUCUCUUAUUAUUGUCAUUAAUAUCAUGAGCAAUUUCACCACGAUUAUAAUUACAAUUUACAUAACUUAUAUUAUUUCUAUCAUUACUGAAUAAACAAUUAAACUUUAUUUCUUGAUGACUUCAUUUAGG